UUCACUUACCAUUAUCUUUGUAAAAUUUCCACGAAAUUUCCAUUUAGAUUCUCCUUAACUACUCUCUCUCUCUCUCUCGACCUCAUUGACUUCAUUAACAAUGGCCAUCACCGAUUUUUUCGCCGGUGAAAUAGCGACUGAGCUACUGAAACAGCUCUUUAUGAUAUCAGCCAAAGCAUGGAAAUACAAAAGCGUCGCUGAGAGGCUCAUCGACUUGAUCGAGAACAUGCAGCCGACCAUCAAGGAGAUUCAGUACAGCGGCGUCGAGCUCCCUCCUCACCGUCAGGCUCAGAUCGGUAUGCUCUCUAACACCUUAGAGAAAGGGAAGAAACUCACCGAGAAAGUGUUGAGCGCCCGUCGCUGGAACGUGUACAGACAGUUAACAUUAGCGAGGAAGAUGGAGAAGCUAGAGAAGGAUAUCUCUAACUUCCUUAAGAAUCAGAUAUUGACUCAUAUCCUCGCUGAUGUUCAUCUUCUCAGGGCUAACUCCGAUGUAAGGUUCGAUCGGGUUGAUAGGAGCCUUGAGAUGAUGACUGAGCACUUGGGGUCGAUGAAGAUCGGUGGAGGAGGGAUGAUAAGGGAAGCCAUGAAGAUAGCAGAGGCGACGAUGGAGAUUGAGAUGGGCAACGACGAGGAGAAGUUUGGUGUUGGGUUGGAGAUAGGUAAGAGGAAGGUGAAGAAGAUGAUGUUUAGCGCCGAGAGAGGGCUUAUUGGUAUCAGUGGCAUGGGCGGUGUCGGCAAAACUACACUUGCUAGAGAGCUUGAACGGGACGUUGAAGUCCAAUGUCAUUUUGAGAACAAGGUUUUGUUUCUGACUGUAUCACAAUCUCCGAUGCUUGAGGAACUGAGAGCACAUAUAUGGGCGUUUGUGUCUGGUUAUGAAGGUGUAAACCCUGUUCCAAACUGGAAUUUACAGUACGAGGGCGGUGUUAAAACACAGAAGCUGGUGAUUCUUGAUGAUGUUUGGACAAGAGAAGCGUUGGACGCCUUGACGUUUAAUAUCCCUGGUUGCACAACACUUGUGGUCUCACGGUCCAAACUCACAGAGCCUAAAGCCACUUAUGAUGUGGAAGUACUAAGGGAAGAUGAAGCACUCUCCCUCUUCUGUCUCUGUGCAUUUGGUCAGAAAACUAUCCCUUCUGGUUUCGACAAAAAAAUGGUCGAGCAGGUUUCUGGUGAGUGUAAAGGUCUACCUUUGGCUCUCAAAGUCACAGGGGCUUCACUAAAAGACCGACCUGAAAUGUAUUGGAAAGGAGCAUUGCAGAGGUUACAAAAAGGUGAACCUGCUGAUGAAACUCACGAGACUAGAUUACUUCAUCAAAUGGAAGCUAGUCUAGAAAAUCUUGACUCGACAACCAGAGAGUGUUUCUUGGAUCUUGGCGCAUUUCCUGAAGACAGGAAGAUUCCUGUAGAUGUUCUUAUCAACAUGUGGAUUGAGAUACAUGAUCUAGAGGAGGCCAUUGCUUUUGCCACUCUUGUUGAUUUGUCGCACAAGAAUCUACUUACCCUUGGGAAAGAUCCACGGCUUGGCUCUUCAUAUGCAAGCUACUAUGAUGUGUUUGUGACACAACAUGAUGUUCUGAGAGACUUGGCUCUUCAUUUAAGCAACAAAGGGAAAGUAAACAUAAGGGAGAGACUGCUGAUGCCGAAAAGAGAGUCAUCUCUUCCAAAAGAAUGGGGAAGGAACAGUGAUGAGCCAUACAGAGCUCAGAUAGUCUCUAUUCAUACAGGGGAUAUGGAUGAGAUGGGUUGGUCUGACUUUGACAUGGACUUCCCUAAGGCAGAGAUUCUAAUACUGAACUUCUCUUCAGACAAAUAUGUUCUGCCUCCUUUCAUCACUAAGAUGAGCAAGCUUAGGGUCCUAGUGAUCAUCAACAACGGCAUGUCCCCUGCUCUUCUCCAUGACUUUUCGAUUUUCGCCAACUUGUCGUACCUAAGGACUCUCUGGCUGGAGAGAGUUCAUGUCCCUGAACUCUACAACACUACAGUUCCCUUGAAAAAACUCCACAAGAUGUCUUUGAUCCUCUGCAAGAUCAAUAACAGUUUUGAUCAGACAGGAGUUGACAUCUCCAACCUCUUCCCAAAAUUAGCUGACCUGACGAUAGAUCACUGUGAUGAUCUAGUCUCACUACCUUCAAGCAUCUGCGGCAUGACAUCUCUCAACUCCUUAAGCAUCACAAACUGUCCACGCCUCAGUGAAUUGCCUAAGAACCUCAGUAAUCUACAAGCUCUUGAAAUUCUGAGGCUAUAUGCUUGUCUUGAGCUAAAGGCAUUGCCUGUGGAGAUCUGUGAGCUUCCUCAGCUUAAGUACCUAGACAUCUCACAGUGUGUUAACCUGAGCUGUCUUCCAGAGGAGAUAGGAAAGCUAAAGACGCUUGAGAAGAUAGACAUGAGAGAAUGUUUUUUCUCGGAUAGACUUAGCUCUGCUGUUUCUUUAGAGUCUCUACGCCAUGUGAUUUGUGAUAAGGACGUUGCGUUUAUAUGGGAGGAAGUUGAGAAGGCUGUUCCAGGGUUGAAGAUUGAAGCUGCUGAGAAAUGUUUCAGCUUAGAUUGGCUCGACGAGUAAGACCAUAAACCUAUAGUACGAGUGGCCUUGUAUCAAUUGUAAAUAGUUUUGAGGGAUUAGUGUAGGGCUUCUCUUCUUUGUUACUUAAUAUCAUGCUUUUGUAGUAAAGAUCUCUCUGUACAGUUUCUACAAACUCAAUCGGUCAAGUCUCUUUUUUUUUGCUUA